ACAGGUACAGGGAGUCAUUCCUGCUACUACUGUAGGGUAGGGUAGGGUUUUUCUCCACAUUUGGCUGUCUCCUGCUCGGCAACCCGAAGCUGUAGGGAUUUUUAUAUAGCACCAGUUUCUUGAAUAUGUGUUGGCAAGGCUACGUGACAAACCUGAUGGCCGAUGGCAGCUGUCAGGAUAGCGCCAUUGUUGGAUAUGUGGACGACAAAUGUGUUCUGGCAGCACAUGCCGGUGGUACUUUCGAAAAUAUCACGUCUCAAGAAAUUGACGUCCUUAUCGGCAAGGACAGGGAGACCUUUUACACCAACGGUCUCACCCUGGGCUCAAAGAAGUGUUCUGUCCUCAGAGACUUUCUCCAUGAUGAUGGGGACUGGACAAUGGACAUCAGGACAAAGAGCUCAGGAGGCGAACCUACAUACAAUGUCUCUGUGGGAAGAGCUGGAAAAGUUUUGGUUCUUGUAAUGGGCAAAGAAGGGGUCUAUGGAGGCGGAUUGAAUAAGAAGGCUUACUCGAUGGCAAAAUACUUGAGGGAUUCAGGGUUUUAAUGUUUUUUAGUCAUGGGAAAGGAGGCAGUCCAUGGUGGAAGUCUUAACAAGAAAGCACAUGGAAUGGCUGAGUACCUGAGGAAGUCUGGAUAUUAAGCAACCUCUCCACCCAUCCAUCAACUUAGCAGCUCACUCCCUCCCAACUGCAUUGUGUUGACACUACUACUUCCAGGAUUAGAUGGCAUACGAUGUUACUUCCUCCCCAGUCUACUUUUAUAAACAGCCUUCUGUUUGCUUAUCUCCUUCCACACUCCCUUUUUUUAUAUAAACCCUCCCCACUUUAAUAUUGUACUUCUCAUGUUUUUGUUUUUUUUGGCACUACAGUAAUGGCAUGUUCAUUAAAAUGUUUAUUAACCAAAAGAUUGUGCAAAAAUAAAAGUGUAAACAAAAAAAAA